CCGCCCCCACCCCGGAGAGUGAAGUGUGUUGACGAGCGACAGUCAGUCCGGCUUCUGCUCAACUAAGUUGCUCCGUUUCUGGGACGUUUCUUCUCCUGAUACUAAGACAAAACUCACCAAAGACCAUGAAUAAUUUAAUCAGAUCCACUGCUCGGUGUCUGCGGUCGGGGGCGGCGGUCUAUAAUGUGCCCGGACGAGCCGACGGACGCGUGUGGUCGGCCCCGGCCCGGUUCCUGUGCGCGGCGGCGGACAUCCAGAAGGACCUUGGUGAGAUGGUGAAGAAGGACAAGGUGGUGGUGUUCAUGAAGGGGACGCCGGCUCAGCCCAUGUGCGGCUUCAGCAACGCCGUGGUUCAGAUCCUCCGGAUGCACGGAGUGGACGACUACGCUGCGUAUAACGUGUUGGAGGACCAGGACCUCAGACAAGGAGUCAAGGACUUCUCCAACUGGCCCACGAUCCCUCAGGUGUACUUCAAUGGCGAGUUUGUGGGAGGCUGCGACAUCCUGCUGCAGAUGCACCAGAACGGAGAUCUGGUGGAUGAGCUGAAGAAGCUGGGCAUCAGCUCUGCGCUGCUGGACGCCGAGAAAGAGUCCAAGUAAAGGACGAGCGUAAACGUCUAAAAGCUGACGCGACAGAGGACACAUUGAUCAGGUCGAACCCCACACAAAACUCAGAUGACCGCAGAUAAAUCUACUCUUCUCCAGGCAGCCAGUGACUAAAUCGACUCAUCAGGCUGGUCAACAAGACACAGGAAGAGACUGAUAGGUGUAAGUUUUGCACGGAUUAGAUAUCUGACAACUGAGGACUUUAAUCUAGGGAGGAAAAAAAAAGAGUGGACAGUGUCAUUACAGGGUAUUUUCUCUUUAAAGCUCCUUUUUAAUGUGUUUUUUUCAAUUUCAGGGCAGCAGAAACUAACUGUAAACACAACACCGAUACCAUUUUGUUGCUGAGAAAAUCACGUAAAGUGAGUUUAUUAUAGCUUUUUGCUUUAAAACAGCCGGCUGCUGUGGACAAAAUGGAGCUAUGAGAGCACCGAGGGUGAACCAGAACAGACCAGAAAACCAAAACAAAGAGCUAGAAGAUGCUGUAAAACUCCAUAGAGCUAAACUGAACUGCAGAGUUGAGUGAUAGUUUUCUCUGAGUUCGUCAUGUGGAGCAACACCUUUAACAUUGGACAUAAAAAUCAUUGUUACUGCAAAAAUAUUGAUCAUUGCAGCUUUAAUAUUCAACACUUAAAAAAAACUUAUUCUAAUAUUUGAACACUUUUCUUUCAUAUCUGGAUUCAUCAAAUUCUUAUAUUUAGUAUUUAAAAGGUCUAUUUCUGCCUAGUUUUUAGCAUUGAAGCUGCACUACAGAAGACUGUCAGGUUCUCUUUCAGUGCUUUAAUUCGUUUACACAUGAAUGCUACUUAUCUCUGCCAUCUCGCCCUCUAAAAGCUCUGCUACCUCUACUGUCCACCCUUUUAUUUUCCUCGAGCCGCACUCAGUCUCAGACCAAAUGAGCCUCAAACUAACUCACCAACGCUGAGAUAAGAUCAUUACAAGGGGUUCCCGCCUGCAAAUGGCGCCGUCACACUUGAAACCUUCCAAAUGCACUGCCUGUAGCUCCUACAAAGAAGAACAACGACGAGCAGACUAUAAAAAUAAUAAAAGUUUCAUAAUAAUAAAAAGAUGUUUAAUGUAAUUUCUGUCCAAAAAAGUCGCUGAAACGCAACAAAAAAACACACCUGAAUACCUUUUACUCUAGUGUUUUCCCGAAGAUGACUGAUUUACAGCACAUCUGGACAAACGGAAGCAGUUGGAUGUAAAGUUUGUUGCGUCUGUCCAUGUCUGUGGUAUUUUUUGUUGAUUUGUCGCUGAAGGAAAAGAGUGUUUUUUUUCUUUUUCUCUUUUAAGUAUUCUCACUGACAUUUAUCAGUCGUAGAUGUUCCACCUGCUGCACACAGUCGUAUUAUCAAAGCAAUGAUCAUGUAGUACACUGUAAGAUAUUGUACAUUGAAAGCCUAUUAUUAAAUGUAUUUUAGAUGCAUGUGAACCCUGCACCGAUUAAAUAUUUUGUGACACAAACGACAA